CCAAACCUCCCCUCUUCUAACGCAAUUUUUUUUAUAAAGUAUACCAUUUCAGCGUCUACUCUUUUAAUGUAACAUGAGCUUCAUGCAAUAUUUCAUGUGUUCGAGUGGUUUCAUUUGAAAGUGUUUACAUUAUGCAGUUACAUUCUUUUAGAUCUUCAUACAAUAUAUUUGUUUUAUUUGGAAUUUUUAUAUUAACAAUAAAGAACCUUGGAGGAUGUAAUCCUAUUACGAAUUCCAAUUUCAACGAGAAUAUCAGAGAAUUUUCUUUGAAGGAAGAUAAUACUAAUACUUCGAAUAUAAAAACGUUGCAGAAAGAAGAUCCGAAACGAUAUACUGAAUUAUCUUAUUUUCGACCGAUUAAUUUACAGGAUAUACCAGACAAUAAACUAGCGGGCUCAAGUCACAGCCGCGGAUUAAUCAAUCGAGAUCAUCCUGGCUAUCCCAUACACGAUUACGACGAAUACUCACAUAUUGGUUACGGAUACGAAUAUAGCGUACCACACGUUCAUAACGAAUACCAUCAUCAAAUUGAACCUUUUCACUAUGGAGAUCACGGGUCUGUCGGACAUCACUAUUCGGGACCUCAUUAUAAACACUAUAAUCACGCAUUGGCGGCCAAAGCGGUAUUAUGGCCGAUUGCAGGAAUUGCACUUCUUGGAGCCGCUGCCGCUUUAGUUAGCAAUCCAAUUCUUUUGCAACUCGGCGUUGCUUCCGGCAAACGAAAGAGAAGAGAAACCGAAGAAAUUACCGGUCCAGAUUUAGACGUGGACUAUAAAAUAUGGAAACCACAUAUCGAAGAUAUUCCAAACCAUGCAACGAAAGUUAAUGACAAAAGUCUAAAUAGAAUCCAUUUUCAAAGAAAAACCUUGAAAAAUAAGGAAAUAAAAUCAAAACGGCCGUCGAUGAAUAAACAUCCCAUUCAAUCCUUUAGAGAUUUCGAAUUUAAUGCUCCAAUAAGCAAUGAAUCGAAUGAUAUGAAUCUUGUACGUGUUCCGAUGCAGAAUGUUUAAUUACGUACUACUUGAAAUACAAUAAUUAAAU